GCAGCCGCGCAUCAACAACUCUGGUACUCAGAGCGUCGGAGAGACCUGCAACCUAUCGAAAUAGUAUGAAGAGCCGAAGAGGAUAAAUAAUCCUGCCGGCGCCGUUUCUUCGUUUCGGCCUUUGUCUCCCCAACCCACAGCAACAGCCUGUUCCUCGGCUUUUGCUAGACAACCUACCUCGACACAGCCAGCUGCACCGUCCGCGCUGCUACACCAGCACCCAGCUCUCCACGCCGCACAGCCAACUCUUUUCAAUUACCUCAUGAUGGAAACUGUCCGCACAAUGCUUGGGUGUGUAGCCCGCCGCCGGGCGAGGCACCAAGGAUACACGGAGUUCAUGGACGACGAGAAGACGGCGCCGCUGUACUCAGAUGAAGAUGACGUUGUGCCAUACCCAUCCCACGAGGCCAUGAGCUACUACUACCCCGACGAUGGAGCCGCGACGCCGGCCACCACGUCCUACGACAAUUACUCGGACAACGACGAGAAGGGUGGCUAUCACCGGCAGGAGGACACGCGCACGGUGGAGGAGGUGGCCCGAGAGGUGGCGCAGCUACUGUUUGGGGCCGAGUGGAACGACGACGCGCUUCAGACACGCAUCUCGGACACGGUGGGCGACCGGCCCUGGAAUCGCAAGAUGGUGGAGUGCUGCCUGGACGCGGUCAUCGAGUACAUCGAGCGGGGCCGGGUCGGCAUGGGCGGCGCCAUGUGCGCAGCGCUUGACAAGGCGACCGACACGGCCGACGAGGAGUUCGCCUUCCCGAGGCGGCACCCGGAGUCGCUCGACGGCUUCAUCGCCAUCGUCUCGGCUGGUGUGCUCGCCGAGCUGCAGGGCGCCUGGGUGCUCGAGCUGCUCGGCUUCGGCGAGGUGCAGGGCAAGCAGGAGCUCAAGGACGGCACGGGCGAGAUUGCCAUGCUGACGUCGGACAAGAUCGUUCCCUCGCCCGUCCCCAAGUCCAACUCGUUUGCUGCGUGGUGGACUAAGGCCUAUGACGCCUACAUUCCCGCCGGAUCAAUCUAUGCUUUCCUAAAGAGGAUGGACAUGAUCGAGCCGGGGGCCUGAACUCCUGGGCAAGUUCGGAAUGGAGCAACCGACAUUUUCCUCAUGCUCACUUAGGUCGAGUCACUUCUGCUCUCAUCCGAGAUCCUGGAGUUGGCGGAUUCAUUGGUUCGGUGGUCGGGUCUUUUCGUGGCGUUCGAGGGAACUUCUCGUUGAAUGGGCAAAUGAUGCGCCGCAUGAACAACAGCGAGGCACCCCACCAGCGAUCAGAUUGAUAUCACAGACGUGAGCGGAGAUGCUGGCGCUUGCAUUAGUUUCCCUCCAUGGGAGAAGUUGGAGGGAUUGACUAGAUCGUACCACAGUAAAGUAAGAUAAGGAGGGCGGCUGGCUGAUAACUAGGCAGCGAGAUUACCAACUCUAGUCAUAUAAAUUUUCCGUGUUCUUCUCUCUUGGCCCUCAA